ACCCGCCCCAUCUCGCUCCUUUUUCUGCUCUGCAGGACUGAGCAGCCGGGCGCGAGCGCAAACAAACAGCUGGGGCUGCGAGCGCCCCCGCCCCGGCCCGGAGAGCAGCCGGCCCGGCCCCCCCACCAACUCGGGGCGCUCGUCCGCCCCACCAUGAGGAAAAUCCGCGCCAACGCUAUCGCCAUCCUGACUGUAGCCUGGAUCCUGGGCACUUUCUACUACUUAUGGCAGGACAACCGAGCCCACGCAGCAUCCUCCGGCGGCCGGGGCGCGCCGAGGGCCGGUGGGAGACCGGAGCAGCUCCGUGAGGACCGCACCAUCCCGCUCAUUGUGACAGGGACACCCUCCAAGGGCUUUGACGAGAAGGCCUACCUGUCGGCCAAGCUGCUGAAGCCUGGAGAGGACCCCUACAGGCAGCAUGCAUUCAACCAGCUGGAGAGCGACAAGCUGAGCCCUGACCGGCCCAUUCGCGACACCCGCCAUUACAGUUGCCCAUCCAUGUCCUACUCUCUGGACCUGCCGGCCACCAGCGUCAUCAUCACCUUCCACAACGAGGCCCGCUCCACCCUCCUGCGCACGGUCAAGAGUGUCCUCAACCGAACUCCUGCCAGCUUGAUCCAGGAGAUCAUUUUAGUGGAUGACUUCAGUUCAGAUCCUGAAGACUGUCUGCUCCUGACCAGGAUUCCCAAGGUCAAGUGCCUGCGCAAUGACCGGCGGGAGGGGCUGAUUCGGUCUCGAGUCCGAGGGGCAGAUGUGGCCAGCGCUACCAUCCUCACCUUUCUGGACAGCCACUGCGAAGUGAACAUCGAGUGGCUGCAGCCCAUGCUGCAGCGGGUGAAAGAGGACCACACCCGCGUGGUGAGCCCCAUCAUUGACGUCAUCAGCCUGGAUAAUUUUGCCUACCUCGCAGCAUCUGCUGACCUUCGUGGAGGAUUUGACUGGAGCCUGCAUUUCAAAUGGGAGCAGAUCCCCCUGGAGCAGAAGAUGACCAGGACAGACCCGACCAAGCCCAUCAGGACGCCUGUCAUAGCUGGAGGAAUCUUCGUCAUUGACAAGGCCUGGUUUAACCACUUGGGAAAGUAUGAUGCCCAGAUGGAUAUCUGGGGUGGAGAGAAUUUUGAGCUAUCUUUCAGGGUGUGGAUGUGCGGUGGGAGCUUGGAGAUCAUCCCCUGCAGCCGCGUGGGCCACGUCUUCAGGAAGCGGCACCCCUACAACUUCCCUGAGGGCAAUGCCCUCACCUACAUCAGGAACACCAAGCGCACCGCGGAGGUGUGGAUGGACGAAUACAAGCAGUACUACUAUGAGGCCCGGCCCUCCGCCAUCGGGAAAGCCUUUGGCAGCGUGGCCACACGGAUCGAGCAGAGGAAGAAGAUGAACUGCAAGUCCUUCCGCUGGUACCUGGAGAAUGUCUACCCAGAGCUCACUGUCCCCGUGAAGGAGGUACUCCCGGGCAUCAUUAAACAAGGGGUCAAUUGCUUAGAAUCCCAGGGCCAGAACACAGCUGGUGACUUCCUGCUCGGCAUGGGGAUCUGCCGGGGGUCUGCCAAGAGCCCCCCUCCAGCCCAGGCCUGGCUCUUCAGUGACCACCUUAUCCAGCAACAGGGCAGGUGCCUGGCCGCCACCUCCACCUUAAUGUCCUCGCCCGGCUCCCCAGUCAUGCUGCAGGCAUGCAACCCCAGAGAAGGCAAGCAGAAAUGGAGGCGAAAAGGCACGCUUAUCCAGCACUCAGUCAGCGGCCUCUGCCUGGAGACCAAGCCCGGCCAGCUGGCCACAAGCAAGUGUCAGGCCGACGCCCCGGCUCAGCAGUGGCAGCUGCUGCCACACACCUGACGGAAGGAUUCCAACGGAAGGCCAGCCACUGCAGAGCACUGGGAGGCUGGCUGGUGGCUCCUGGUUGUGUAGCGAACUCCCAGUUCUUUGUGCCAGCCACUGACAACACAUCUACCCACUCUGCUCCAUGGCCUUGUCUUGGAACCCCUUCUUGCUGUGCCCCUCUCCCCUACCCACUGGCUCAGGCAGUGGGAUUUUGGGCAAGAGACUGUUGGCACCAGGACUCCUGGUGGGGGGCAGGUAGGUCUCCUUCUGAAGCCAAGCAGCCUGGGGAAGACAUGGGUAUCCUAAGAUACCUUUCAUAGACUACAGAGUUGUGCACUCAUUGGAAGCUCCUGGAUUCCAGAAGGUCUAGAAAUCUUCCAACAAUGACCCCCAUCUCCACCACUACCACCCCAAUACUGUAUGUGGGUGCCUAUGUACACUACCAUGGAGAAAGGACCUAUGGGUUUCCCUAGCUUCUAAAAGGAGGUCCCCUCUGAUCCCUAAAGGGGCUGAAUCUCUGAUCCAGAUUGGAGUUGCUGCCUCCUGGUCUCCCUCCCUGGUAUCCCCAAACUGCUGUCAUCCUGCACACUGCCCGUGGCCCUCGGGCUGGAGCAGUGGGCCGCAGCACCUGUUUCUGGUGGUUUCCUCUAGCUCCUGGCUCUCACCAGCGGCCUCUGUGCAGUGCUCCCACCUGUCAGGGCUCUGCACUCCGGCUGGGUCCCUUGGCUCUCAUGGCCACAUUUCUCCUUCCUCCCAUCCGCUGCCACUGGGGGAGUGCCUUGGACCCCUAUUCCUCUAGGAAGCUUCCUGCCACAGCCUAGGACAGAACUGGGGCCUGGGUAGAGGCCCCCCCCUAGAGGCUGUGUUAACCACCUCCGCUCCGGGGAGGAAAGGGACCAGGCUUGGGCCAGCCCUGUGGGGCUAGGAAGCGUGGGCUCCCCUGGUUGAAUGUAAGAGGACUGCUGCUCAAAGGGUCUCUCCCUCCACUCCUGUGGCCAAGCCAGACUUUGCCCUCGUCCACCAUCCUGUGGAGGGGACGCAGCCCUGUUCUGUUUUGCUUUCCCUCUUGACCAAAGCAUGUGCCACUAGCUGUCCUCGAGGACCUCGUCUUUAAGAAUUACAAACCUGGAA